ACACACAAAAGCUAUGCUUUUUCUCAAAGCAAAACGCUUUACAAAUUCUCACGGGAGAAACCAGAGCAGAGACAAAAGCCCCGCCGGCCACACCCCCUCGCUCCCACCAAUCACAGAGGGAACGGCACUCGCGCUCUAGAGCCCGAGCCAAUUAGCUGCGUCGGAGCGGGCCGAAGAGGGCGGGGCGUCCGUUUCCAGAGAAGCCGCGGGCCGGUUACUAGCAACGUUUGGCUCCUGGGUAGAUGCAGUCUGUCCGCCGCUGCCUGUUCUGGUGACUCCUCGACUUCUCGUCCCGCGGUCCCUGCCUUUCCUUCUGGCCAUCUUCUCUUCCUUCUGCGCUCUCCGCCUGCCGAGGCGACCCUGGGCCGGGCAGACCUUAGAGAGCCCUACAGCCAUUGUAGGUAGUGGCGGCGGUGGGGGAUGACGUCAGGGCGACGGGCGAGCGCGAGUCGGGGCGGGCUCUGAGGGCGGGCCGCGGGUGACCCUGGGCACCCGGAAGUGAAACCCGGAAGUGAAACCCGUGGUGCGCACCCUCCCUGAACAGUGGGUCUUUGAUGCUCAGGUCCUCCACUUUUCACCAAGAGGAAAGCGGACAUUCUGCCCCUGCUUCCCGAGCUGUGGUCUCGGGACGUCGGGGAGAAGUUAGCGGGAGGAGGGGUCCGGGGUUUGGGUUGUUUCGGAGGUAGUGUUUUCCUAAUCUUGAAAAUGACAGUCCAGUUCUCGUCAUGCCCCGAGUCAUGCCCCUUGUCUCUGGCACUGAGUAUGUCAGAUAAGUAACCGCAACCUAACUGGCUGCUAUCGGUGACGCUAAAGGCCAAGUUUCUCUGUCACCUGCCUUACAGGGUGUCAAGUGUUUGAGGAUAAGAGUGCCUGGUUUAGGUAAAGGAUCAAACUGUAGAAAUCGUGCCUGCUUUUAAGCUUUACUUCAUACCUUUGAUUAUGGUAAGACUGGCCACAUUUGUAAUUUUAAAUACCCAAAUACGUUAUUAUUGUUGUUUUCUGCUAAUUGUACAACCGAUGUGUGUUAAUAGUUUAGUCCUUGUUUUUCAAGCACCUCAAGACCUGAGCAAAUGACCUCAGCUUUUAUCGGUCACUUUUGUUAACUCCGUACAAAUGGGAGUCAGGAUGAGUAUAGAAAACAUCUGCUGGACUGCUUUCUGUCAGAGGCCACUAGUACCCUCAACCCCACAUCCUCUGGUUUAGUAGUUCUCAAUUUAUGACUGAGAGGUUGUUCUGUAAAAUAAGUUCUGAUAACUCAGGCUUGUAAGUGGCUGUAAGGUAGGUUGGUUGAUUCAGGAUAACUACUUUAAGAAGGAGAAACUGGGAGAACGUGAAGACUGCUGAGAAGGCCCAGCUAAGCAAGCCCGAUUGGUUCUAAGUUUAAAGGGGGUGGGAUAAAGUAAGACUAGUCCAGUGGUUCUACUUCUUUUUUUUUUUUUUUUUUUUUUUUUUUGCACAUUACUGUGACUUUGGUCAGUAAAGGUUGUUCUCUUCUUACAGAAGAGGAAAACAAGGCCCAGUGUGGCUAAUGACUAAGUGAUUGUCUAGAUCCUGUCAACAUUAAGAAUUAAGAAAAGAUGUUCUGUGAGUCCUGUCCAGUAGUCUGUGCUGGUUCCAGGCCAGACUAGAAUGCUUAAGUUCUGUUUGCUCAACUUGUUCUCAGAUUAGAUAAUGAAGAAGAAUAAGUUUCUCUGUUUUAAAAAAGGAGUUUUCUAAAUUAAUUGUGGUACUUGAAGGGAUAGUGUAGAAAAUUAACUCACAUGUAGACCAAUCCAUGCUUCAUGGGCAAAUGAAGUGUAAUGUUUACAUAUGACCUUUGUACUAAAUUCCUGCUGUUCCAGAAUUCUCAUUCCUAUGUGAUGUCCAUGUCUCUAUUACUCACGAGAGCAUUUUAGUUGAUUUCGUUAAAAUAUGAGAAAAUGCACUGACAUUUCAGCUUAUCUCUGUGUUCUAGUUUAUUUCUUUAUUGCUGUGCUUGAAACACUGGCUGGAAGCAACUUGGGAGAACGUGGUUCAUUUUCACUACAGGUUACAGUCCAUUCUGAGGGAAACCAAGGCAGGAGUUCAAGGAAGGAACCAAAGUACAGACCACAGAGGAAUGCUGCUUGAUACCUUGUUCCCCUUGCUUCGUUUAGCUUGCUUACUAUACAACCUGGAACACCUGCCUGGGGUGACAAUGCUCACAGUAGGCUGGGUGUUUCUAAGUCAGUCAUUAAUCAAGAAAAUGCCCCUACAAACAUGGUCAAAGACCAGGCCGAUAGGGACAGUUCUUCAGUCAAGAUUCACUCUUCCAUAGUGACUGAUUUGUGUAAAGUUAACAAAAAGGGUGACAACUGACACCCAUCUACUUGACACACAAACACAUUAUCAUUAAACCAUAACCUUUCCUUUCUUGUUUAUCCUCAAGAUCUUUUGCUAACAUUGCUAUAUAAAACACAGAAUAACUUUAAAACCCCCAUAGUCUUUAAAAGUCGAAACACUUUAAAAGUACAUGGUUUCUUUAAAAUCCAAACAACUUAUAUAUUUUCUUGUUACAAGAGCACAGUAACAAUCAGAUAAAACCAAAACCAAACUCUGAUAACAUACGUAACCCAAUCAAUGUCUGCUGUCCGGAACUCAUUGAUGAUUGGGCUUCAGAGCACUUAGUACAGCCUCACCUUUCCAGUUUUGCCCUGGGAAGCUUUCUUAGGUCAGCCGUGAACCACCCCUGCUGCUAUCCUUGAUGGUCAUCCCUGGUCCUAACAGUGUCCUGGUCUGCAGUGUCCUAAGGUCUCUAUUACAAUUGAGGCUGCACUCUAACCAGUGGCCUUUCCUGUCCUUUCGUUGCACGAGUCCUCAGUUUCUUCCCAUGGUGCUUCAAUCUUUGUGCCUCCAUUGUGACUGAGGCUGCACUUUCUCCAGUAACAUCUCCUGGGUUUUCCUUAGAAACUCUUGCCUAAUGGUUCCAAGCCUUAGUUUGUGUUUAUUGCCUCUUCAGUCCUGAGGCCUCCACUAUGAUGGAGGCUGCUCUGUCACCAGUGGCUUUCGGGCCUCUGUGCUGGGACUCCAGUCCUGCUGUUUGGUGCCAAACCACAACUGCUCUCUGUGAUCCCUUUACUCCUUCAAAACCAGUACCAUGUGUGAAAAUCUUAACAAAUUACUAAGUUUAGCCACCAGCUUAAGGUACAGCCUUGGUCUCCCUGGACCAUAGCUUCCAGGGGAAUUCACCCCUGCAAUGCCGGCCACUUGGUAAUUAUAGCUAAGUUUGCAGCCUCAGCUAACCAGCAUCUGCUGUGAAGCAGAGGCUUUGUUUCAGUGCUGGCUGGCCUCCUGUUGACUCUGCAGCCCCAGGUGACCAGAAGCCACAGAUUCUUAUUCAAGUUAGCCUCUCUGAAUCAUAAAUGUCCCUGUCCCUUCCCCACCCAAUCAUUUUGGUAGCUUUUACUUAGAAAUCUGUUUUCCUGCUUUGGUCAUUUUGCUUACCUGUUUCUAAGUUUCACAUUUUUUCCCCCCACUGUGGAGUCUAAAAUGCUGUGCAGUUCCUUCUUUGAUAGUUUUGGCUCGUUUCCAGAAUACAGAGAACGGCAUCUUUCUUAAUCUGCCUUGUGUUUCUCACUGAGUGUCUGAGUUUUGGAUGUUGUUAAUAGAGCCUGCACGCUAUUGUUUGAAGUCACUGAAGUUUGAUUUUCAGAGAUUGGUGUUUAGAAAAACAAAUAAGAGCUUAUGGAAUUCUGUGCUUUCUCAACCAGGAGAGUAGUUUUUAACCAACAUUUGCCUAAACUGGUCUAGGUGCCAUGGUCUUUCUCUUCUAAUGUCCUUGUUUCUGAGCAUCCAUCCGUUAACACGCUUAUUGAUCAAAAUGGAACACAGUUCUGUGGUUAUAGCUACACCAGCAAUGCCAUGAUCACCUCUGACAGAUUAAAAAUUAAGACUACUGAUAUUUAAGAAUUUGCUCAAAGUGUGUAGGAUGGGCCUUUGUUCUACUACUGACAAGUUGUACAAAAGGGCAGUGUCUGUCAGUUGGCCAUACCUUGCACAUCACUGAAAACUCUGGCAGAACCUCAGUUUCUACACAAAAAUGCCUUUAGUAAACAGAAAUGAGAGGAUAUUUUAUAAUGAUGGGAUUUUUUAUAGAUUAAAGCAAAGUAUAGCAUUUUUGUUCAGCAUGCAAAUAGUGUUAUAUUAAGGAAAAGUGUUAUACCUGCUCAUCUACUUUUGGUUAUAGAAUUGGCACAGCACAAAAACAGUGGCAUGUCUUCAGACAUGUGCAUAAUCUUUGUGUCACAGAGUAUGAUUUCUUAUAACUUCUGCGAGAAUAUGUGAAGCUCACCCGGGUCUCUGUCUUGUGUUUUGAGGAAUCUCGGAUGAUAAUAUCAUAGAAGUCAUUCUUAGAUCCCAUCCUGCUUUCGUUUCUCUUGCUAUGAUAAAAUGCCUCAACAGAGCAGUUUUAAGAGAGGGACAGUUGUUUGACUUACAAUUCAGAUUACAGCUCCUCAUUGCAGCCAAGACAACAGGAGCUGAAGCAAUCAGUCACACUCAUAGUCAGGACCUGAGGGAGACUGAAUGCACACAUGCUUCUCUUUGCUCUCUGUUUUAUUUAGGGCCCAACCCAUGGAAUAGUGACGUGUACACUCAGGAUGGUUCUUCCCACCUUAGCCCAACUAAGCAAAUCCUGACAGGCAUACCCACUGCCCAGUUAAGGCUGUUUCUCAUUGAGACUGUCUUGCCAGGAUUCUAGAUUGUGUCUAGAUGAUAAUUAAUCACAGGUCCCCAUUUCUACUACAUUUUUACAUUAUUUACCAUUUUAGAUGUUGUUAAUAUUUGUAGGUGAUGAAGCAAAAAAAUUUACUUUAUAAUUUCUGAUAACAUUUUAGAAUAGUUUGUGUAUUUCUGUGUGUGUGUGUGUGUGUGUGUGUGUUGCCAUAUGCACCAAUAGCCCAGAACAUACAUGAGAACUCAUUUAAAUCACUGAUACCAAUGAUUUUCAUCUUAUAAAAUACUUCCUAAGAAUGGAAGAUCCUUAACUUCUCAUGCUGGUUUUACGUUUCACUCCUAAGUAUAGAGACAUUGUUCUUAAGCCCUUGGAAAGGUCAGAAAGGGAGGGAGGGGAUGUGGAAAGCAGUCAUUUAUCCUGUUUGCUGAGAUGCUGAGCUUAGCUAUUCCAGGCAUUGCCAAUUCUCUAGAGCUGUAGGUGUUUAGGAUUCAAUUGUAAAUAGGACAUUCUUUCUUGAGAUUCCAGCCUGUGGAGAGAGAAAUAUUUAAACGGGUGAGUGAGAAAAAGAUGAAUGCUAAUACCCCAGAGGGGCUGUGGCAUUUACAAACCAAGCAGACCCGCCGCCAGGGAGCGACUUCGCAGAGCCUGCUCCUCCUUAGCCUUCCUCAGUUGGCUUUUCCUGUGACCUGUGUAUUUCAGGCUCUUCUGGACUGCCGCUGUCUCCAUGCACUCUCUACAGAGUGAUGUUGUAGUGACAGGCGGUACACGACUCAGCAGCCAGGGACCCGGGGAGCAGGCGUCACAGGUCCUCUGCAUUCCCUUUUCUCAGAUUUUAGCUGCUAAAUAUUUGUGUCUGCACUGUACAUCAAAACACCAGACAAAAUUUGAUGUUAUUUGGUCUUUUUUGUUUUGUUUUGUUUUGUUUUUGCAGCUUCUCUGGGAGGUUUGUGACUUGCUAAUUAGAGUUUUUGAAUAGUUUCAACCUAUCAUUUCACAUGAACCCAAACUAAUGAAAAAUUCUUGAACACAAUGUAUUUAAAUAGGGAAAUCUAAGAUUAAGUCAUAAAUAUUUGAAAGCAAUGUAGAAAACCUUAGACAUGGCAUUUAAUCUUGUAUGAAUAGCCACAAGCAAAGAGUCACAUGACCGUUUCUAAUUAGAGCUGUGAAAAUGUAGCUUCAUUGUUGCUGACCUGUUCAUUUAUCACUUUUAACAGGGCAGUUUGUGAGGAAUUCAUGUCUGACCAGUCACUUUUCAAAAAUGACAUCUACAGGGCCAAAUGAGAAGAUUUUUUGCUAAAGUUCAGAAGUACUGUCAUUUUUAAUUAUUAUUUUUAUCAGCAAAGAGUAUUAUUCUUGAUUGAGCUGGAAAUGGGAAUAAAGAAAUGUAAAAAAAAGGAUGCCUUACAAAAUAACGUUUUGUCCACUCUGUGGCAGUUGUUGGGAAGUAUGUUAAACGCUGCAUUGAGUUUCUGCAGUUGUAAGAGCAAACAGCAGCUUCUAUUGCUCAGGCCAGGUAGAGCUAGUACAAGAUUCAUGGUUUGCAUAUUUGUUUUCUACUCCUUUUGGGGGAAUAUUGAAGGAUUGCUGAAAUACUUUUGGAGAUAGACCAAUGAAGAUAACUAAAUUCGGGACUGGAGAGAUAGCUCAGUGGUUAAGGGUGCUUGCUGUCCUUCCUUAGGACCCAAGUUCAGUCCCAGUAGCUAUGCAAGGUCACUCACAAUCCCUGUGUAACUCCAACUCCAGGGGACUCUCUGAUCUCCAUGUUGCCAACUCCCUAGGACUCAGGCACAUACCCACAAACAGAUGCGUGGUUAAAAAUAAAUCUAAAAAAUGGUUUUGUGUGUGUGUGUGUGUGUGUGUGUGUGUGUGUGUGUGUGUGUGUGUAAGCCUUUUGAAAAUGUGUAUAGAAACUUGGAAUUGGUAAAUUAUUAUGCAAUGCAAUUUUGAUAUUUUGAGUUAACUAGAACGGUGAGUUUUUAUAAUUUUUUUAAGACAGAGCCUCACUAUGUAGCCCUAAUUGGCCUAGAGCUUGCUGGGUAAAGUGGACUAGCCUUAAACUCACAGAGAUCUGCCUCCUUCUGCCUCUUAGGUGCUCAGAUUAAAGACACGCACAACCAUGUCCUGAUAGCAGUUAUAAUUUGAUAUUGCCUUCGAAGCAUUUAUACAUGAUUGGGAUCUGUAAAUCACAGAAUAAAGAUAGGAAAUGAUAAGUGGAAUAACACACGUCUCCUAGCUUUCAGCGUCUGUGGGAAGCUGUUGCUGAAGCGCUGUAAGAGAGUGGCGGAGUUGAUGGAGAAGCCUACUAGUGAUGGAAGUCAUUCAGAGGGCCUGUUGUCCUACCUCUUACAGGAGAGAGGACCUGACCUACUAUGUGCCCCUGAGAAGCACCGCAGCAGGGCCUCACAAGCAGCGCAGGCUGUUCCCAGACUCUCAGGCUACUUGCCUCAGCCUUCUGUGCUCCGUGAUUACAGGUUCAAGGGAGACGUCUCAAGUACCAAGACGGAGUUGGAAGCAGCGCUUAGGGAAGCUGAAUUGGCAUCCUGCUCAGUAGAGUUACUUUUGCCAUUGCUUAAGAACACUGUGGAAGGAAUUGGUUUAGAACAUGCUAAUCUUUCUGCAUCCAAUUUGAAGAAGAUUUUUGAACAGAAGGACAUAUUAUCAAAAGAAUUAGACACUUUUAACCGUGUGAAAUUAGCCUUAGAACAUCUUAUUAAACAGACAGACUAUGAACAAACAGGACCCCGUCCACCCUGCUUGUUGAAGGAUCUCAGUGACAGUGACAGUGAGAACAGAGACCUUAAGAAGAAAGUACUUGAAAAGGAGACCUAUAUCCAAGAACUUUCAUGUCUGUUUCAUAAUGAAAAGGAAAGUGCUUUGAAAGCAAACCGGUUUUCUCAGUCUGUCAAGGUAGUACACGAUCGCCUACAGCUCCAAAUUCAGAAGAGGGAGGUGGAGAAUGAAAGGUUAAAAGAACACAUACAGAGCUUGGAAACCCAAAUAGCCAAGUGGAACUUGCAGGUAAAAAUGAAUAAGCAAGAGGCUGUGGCCGUCAAAGAAGCCAGCAGGCAGAAGGCUGAAGCUCUGAAGAAAGCGUCCAAAGUGUACAGACAGAGGCUGAGACACUUUACAGGGGACAUCGAGCAGCUCACGUCCCAAAUCAGAGAUCAGGAAGCCAAGUUGUCUGAAGCAGUCUCAGCUUCCAAUGACUGGAAAAGUCGUUAUGAGAAAAUCGCAAUAGAAAAAACUGAACUGGAAGUUCAGAUCGAAACAAUGAAGAAGCAAAUCUCUCAUCUUCUGGAAGACUUGAGGAAAAUGGAAACUCAUGGGAAAAAUUCAUGUGAAGAAAUUCUUAGAAAACUUCACUCACUGGAAGAUGAAAAUGAAGCCUUAAAUAUUGAGAAUGUGAAAUUAAAGAGUACACUUGAUGCCUUGAAGGAUGAAGUUGCUUCUGUUGAAAAUGAACUUGUAGAACUUCAAGAAGUAGAAAAACGACAGAAAGCCCUCGUUGAAGGAUACAGAACUCAGGUACAAAAGUUGGAAGAAGCAGCCGCAAUGGUGAAAAGCAGAUGUAAAAAUUUACUCCAUGAAAAUAAACUAAUAAUAAAUAAAAAAAACACAAAGCUAGAGAAGGUUGAUGGAAACUAUAGCCUUCUGACCAAGCUUUCUCUUGAGGAGGAAAAUCAUCUGAUUCAGUUAAAGUGUGAGAACCUUAAAGAAAAAUUAGAACAGAUGGAUGCGGAGAAUAAAGAGCUUGAGAGGAAGCUGGCCGACCAAGAGGAGUUUCUCAAGCACAGUGACCUGGAGCUGAGAGAGAAGGCUGCAGAAUGCACAGCACUGUCCAGGCAACUGGAAGCUGCCCUGGAAGAAGGGAGACAAAAGGUUUCUGAAGAAGUAGAGAAAAUGUCGUCUAGAGAGAGGGCUUUACAAAUGAAAAUAUCAGAUCUGGAAACCGAGCUUAGAAAGAAAAAUGAAGAACAAAACCAACUUGUUGGCAACAUGAGCACUAAAGCCCAGCAUCAGGAUAUAUGCUUGAAGGAAAUACAGCACAGCCUUGAGAAGUCGGAGACUCAAAAUGAGAGCAUUAAGAAUUACUUGCAGUUUCUUCAAAUUUCCUACGUAACAAUGUUUAGAUAAAUUGUCGAAUCCUGCUGAUUGAUAAACUUUAUGAUUUACAGGUUAGCAGUAUUAGAAUUUGUAUGUGAAGAUACUUGAGACAUAAUUUAUUAUCUAAAUGAACUUUAAGAAAUAAUAGUUCUUAUUCUUUUGUGACAGAUAGUUUGCAUUGAACUCUGGUUUCAUUCUUUUUAAAAAAAUUAUUAAUUUUUAAAGUUUUUUUCUCCAUACAUGCAAAAAUCAGAAUUAUUCCUAUGAACCAUUGAAGUAAAUUUGUAAUAACUCUAGACCAAUUAUGAGCCAAAUACAUGACUUUAAAUAAUGUAUUUGCUUGUUUUAUAUUGUAAUGCUUUAUAAAUAAAAUAUUUCAGAAAUUUAA